AUGUCACCGCCCGCCAUCAUCGCCCCCUCCAUCCUCAGCGCCAACUUCGCCAAUCUCGGCCAUGAUUGCUCCAAGAAGAUGGAACAGGGCGCCGACUGGCUACACGUCGACAUCAUGGACGGCCACUUCGUGCCUAAUAUGACAAUCGGCUGCCCCGUCGUCUCCCAGAUCCGCGGCUGCGUCGACAGACCCCUCGAGCCCUGCGGCCGGGGUACAUUUGAUUGCCAUAUGAUGAUCAUGGAGCCCCAUAAAUGGGUUCGCGAAUUCAAGAAUGCCGGUUGCGAUCUUUACUGUUUCCACUAUGAAGCGGCUGUCUCCUCCGUCGCCGCGACCGACCCUACCGAUAAAGAGACCACCGAUCGUACCAGCCCCAAGCAAUUGAUCCGUUAUAUUCAUGAGGAAGGUAUGCAGGCUGGUAUUGCUAUUAAGCCAGAUACACCUGUCGAUGUGUUGUGGGAUAUUCUUGAGAGUGAAGACCCCGCCGAGCGACCAGACAUGGUGCUCGUCAUGACUGUGCACCCCGGUUUCGGUGGACAGAAGUUCAUGGCUUCUGAACUCCCCAAGGUCGCUGCUCUGCGCGAACGGUUCCCCGAUUUGAACAUUGAGGUUGAUGGAGGUCUUGGUCUGGGGACAAUUGAUCAGGCUGCUGAUGCCGGUGCUAAUGUGAUCGUUGCGGGUUCGGCGGUCUUUGGUGCUGCGGACCCUGGCGAUGUCAUUGCCAAGUUGCGCGAGGCUGUCCAGAAGCGUCGCGGUUAG